AUGAAGCGAAACGCGUAUGCCUCAUUAGCACAUACCGUUGGGAGAGUCCCCAGCACAACCGAUCUGGAAUCCGCUCUUCUGGAAGCGAAUAUGCUUCCAUUGCGCACCUUAUGCCUACUGACCAGACUUUCAAUCUUCGAGAAGCUGACAACAUGCACUCCAGACUGGAUUCAGCGGCCGCCACCGGAGCCACAGCCUCACUUUUGUUUCCGCAUCUCGCCAAUAUCGUGCCAUCAGCUACAUUCGUUAACGGGCACGUGCAGAAAGAACUAUGAUAUAACUGAAUUGACACCACGCAAACGAAGCCUCUUCAGGAAUUCCAUUACCCCGUUGUCUGCCGCCCCGGCUCAAAUGGUAUCGUUUGGAGUGGGCCUUCUAUUAGAUCGCUCAAUAACUGGUACAGAGGGGCUCAUCAGAGAAAAAAAGAGCAUUAAGUCAACGAGCUCUUGA